AUGGCGGCGGCCGCGGGAAGUGGGCGCAUGCCUUGGCGGGAGACGCUGGCGUGGGCUGGGUUGAGUGGCAGCACAUCAAGCAGCAACGGCAGUGGUGGUGGGGGUCCGAGGUAUUUUCACUACACGGCGCGCGGGUAUGAGCCGGCUGCCAAACAAGAUCAAGCCGCCCCAGGAACGCCCAAGCUGGAUCAGCAACCCUUGGACAUCUCCAUCACCCACUCACCCGCCAGUCAGGCAUCAACUGCAUCAGAACCUGCAUCCCCGCUCCCUGCAGCUCCACCUCCUCGCGCGCGCAUUCCCGCCGGCCCGGCCGUACAAGUUGGCUCGCGCUACACCUAUCCCUGGCGAGAGCCCGACUUUGCUGCUGCUCUCACCAAUGACCACAGUGAUGAUGAUGAUGAUGAUGAUGAUAAUAAUGGCAACAUUGCCCCUGAUGCCGUUGACCUAGUUGACGCCAAGACUGGUGGCAACGUCAAUGGUUCAGCUCUGCACUCUGGUCAUGACCCUGUGGAUCAGAAAGCCCCCGACCACGCGAGUCAGGCAGACCCGCCAGAAGCCAAUCACGCUGCUGACGCGCAGGCUGCGGAUGAGCGGGCUGCGCUUCAUGAGCUCUUGCAGAUGCAGCUUGAACCAACAGUCAGGCCCACCUUUGGGCAGCAAUAUAAGGAAGAUGAUGAUGAUGAUGACGACGAGGACGACGACGAGGAUGUCGACCAAGACCAAGAUCAAGACCACGGCGCCGAUGACAAGGCGAGGCGAGACGGCCCGGCGCAACGCAAAAGCAAUAAACAUUCAUCCUCGCAACCUGACAUUGCCCGCCGCCGCCGUCGUUUGUCACCUGCCUCACGACUCAAAGGCUUGUCGGACCGUGCAGAUGACGUUUCUGACCACGACCCGCACCCUGCUCACGCACAUAGCGAUGACGAUGAAAGCGAUGAUGAAUGCGCUUCAGGCCGCUGCCGUCACCGUCAUCUCUAUCAGGAUCGCUUGGCAUAUCGCGCUCAAGCACGUCACAGUGCAAAAGUCAAGGCUCCGAGUCGUCGCCCUCGUCAAGAAGCAGCCGGGUCGAAGCCUGCCUCCAAGACCCAUGGUACCGCCGAAGCAUCGCGCGUGCUCAAGUCAACUCGUCCCUUGCGCGGCCAAACCUUCGACGAUUGGGCCCGCGCCAAGGAUGAAGCACAGCGGCAAGCUCGACAUGCUGCUCGCGAAGCCGAGGUACGUCCCUUCUUUUCGACAUGUUGUUCCUGCUUUUGUCAUGUUCCGUUCUGCCGAUCGGUCUCAUCCAUGCUCCCCGGGAGCGGGUUACAGGCAGAGCAGGAUCGCAAGGAGGCCGAGCGCCUGGCUGCUGAACGCCGCCAGCGCCAGCGCGCUGAAGACAUGUUUUUCCUCUGGCUUAAUGGGAAGAAUAAAGAAGAUCGCGAACGCGAACAACAAGAGCUGGACGCUGCGGCUGCGGCACAAGCUGCUGAGGAAGAACGCCAACAACGCAAAGCGGAACGCGAUCGUCAACAGAAGAAAUCGCAGCUUGGCGGCGCAGCCACCACCCACGCGCGGAGUGCCAGCCCGCGUCCAGCAUGGCAGGGGCCAUUGGAUGACGUUGAUACAAAGCCGGCCAAGACCCCAGGGGCUAAGCAGCACACACGGCGAUCGUCAGCCACAAGGCGUGGCCAAUCUUCGAGACGGUCCUCGUCCGUCCAAGGGGAAGGCUCCGUGGUGCUCUCACCACCAUUGCUGUGGCAAGCACGGCUCUAUGCCGAGCAGACUCGUCAGCCGUACAGGUGA